CCGGAGCAGCGGCAGCUUCAGCGGCAGCGGGGCUCCGUUCAGUCCGUCGCCGCAGCCCUCCGGAGCGGCCAGCAUCCUCCCAGCGGCCCGCCGAGCUCCGAACGCUAUGUGGCCGUGAACCGUUCGGCCGGACAGUGUCGGGACAUUUCGUGGACAUGAGGACACCGGCGGACCGGGAACCGUGCCGGGCAUCGACGAUUUUCACCCCGCAAAAGAGAAAAGAGUCGUCAUGACCGUUUUCCUGCUGACUCGUCACUCCUGCGCCGAGGGACCUGGGCCGUUUUCGCUCUCUGGACGUACCCACGCAGGGAUGAGAUAAUAAAGUCAGCCGGGCGGUGCAUGCUGCUACGACGACACCUGUGGCACCCGUAGACCCACCCCGCCUCCCCCGCCCCCCUCCGGCCCCCCUCCAGCCCCCUCCCUGAGUUCACAGCGUUUCACCAGUCCAAAAUGACGACGCCGGCGCUGCUGCCGCUGUCGGGCCGCAGGAUACCCACCCUGUCGCCGGGCGCCUCCUCUUUCCCGCACCACCGCGCCACCUUGAGGCUGUCGGAGAAGUUCAUCCUCCUGCUGAUUCUCAGUGCCUUCAUCACUCUGUGCUUCGGGGCCUUCUUCUUCCUCCCGGACAACUCCAAGCACAAGCGCUUCGACCUGGGCUUGGAGGACGUGCUCAUCCCUCACAUCGACACGCCGAAAGAGGGGAAGCACGCCUCGGGACAGGUGGUCAUACACGGACAGGGAGGACACGACGAGCACAGACACAGGGAGGAGGAGGAGAGCCUGCGAGACAAGAUCCGCGCCGACCACGAGCGAGCGCUGCAGGAGGCGAAGGAGAAGCUGAGGAAGUCCCGCGAGGAGCUGCAGAAAGAGAUCCAGACCGAGAAGAGCAAAGUGGUGGAGGACCUGAAGAAGAAGGACGCCGGGCCGAAGCCCCUGCCGCCCGUCCCCAUGCCCAAGGUGGUGGGAGUCAGCGACGGCGAGCCCACGGAGCCCAACGUCAAAGAGAAGCGCGACAAGAUCCGAGAGAUGAUGAAGCACGCGUGGGACAGCUACCGGCAGUACGGCUGGGGCCACAACGAGCUGAAGCCCCUCGCCAAGAAGGGACAUUCCACCAACAUCUUUGGUAACUCUCAGCUCGGAGCCUCCAUUGUGGACGCUUUGGACACUCUGUACAUCAUGGGUCUGCACGACGAGUUCAAGGACGGCCAGGAGUGGAUCGAGCAGAACCUGGACUUCGGCGUGAAUGCCGAGGUUUCAGUGUUCGAGGUCAACAUCCGAUUCAUCGGUGGACUGCUGGCCGCCUACUACCUCUCCGGACAGGAAGUCUUUAAACUGAAGGCUGUCCAGCUGGCUGAGAAGCUCCUCCCUGCAUUCAACACCCCCACUGGCAUCCCCUGGGCCAUGGUCAACCUGAAGAGCGGUGUGGGCCGGAACUGGGGCUGGGCGUCGGCCGGCAGCAGCAUCCUGGCGGAGUUUGGGACUCUCCACAUGGAGUUCGUUCACCUCACCUACCUGACCGGAAACCCUGCCUACUACCAGAAGGUGAUGCACAUUCGGAAGCUUCUGGCCAAAAUGGACCGACCCAACGGGCUCUACCCGAACUACUUGAACCCGCGCACCGGCCGCUGGGGCCAGCACCACACCUCCGUCGGCGGCCUGGGGGACAGUUUCUACGAGUACCUGCUGAAGGCGUGGCUCAUGUCAGACAAGACCGACACCGAAGCUCGCAAGGCCUACGACGACGCCAUCGAGGCCAUCGAGCGCCAUCUGAUACGCAAAUCCAACGGCGGCCUGACCUUCAUUGGCGAGUGGAAGAACGGCCACCUGGAGAGGAAGAUGGGCCACCUGGCCUGCUUCGCCGGCGGCAUGUUCGCGUUGGGCGCCGACGGCUCGCCGGACGACAAGGCCGGGCACUACCUGCAGCUGGGAGCCGAGAUCGCACACACCUGCCACGAGUCGUACGACCGCACAGUGCUGAAGCUCGGUCCGGAGGCCUUCAAGUUCGACAGCGGUCUGGAGGCGGUGGCGGUCCGGCAGAACGAGAAGUACUACAUCCUGCGGCCGGAGGUCAUCGAGACCUACUGGUACAUGUGGAGGUUCACCCACGACCCCAAGUACCGGCAGUGGGGCUGGGAGGCGGCGCAGGCCAUUGAUAAGUACUGCAGGGUGAGCGGGGGCUUCUCGGGGGUGAAGGACGUCUACUCAUCCAACCCAACCUACGACGACGUGCAGCAGAGCUUCUUCCUGGCCGAGACGCUCAAGUAUCUCUACCUGCUGUUCUCCAGUGACGACCUGAUGCCGUUGGAGAGCUGGGUCUUCAACACGGAGGCUCACCCGCUGCCGGUGCUCCACCUGGGCAACAUCACCCUGCCGGGCAGCGAGCCGGCCCGACGGUAGAGGCCGGACGGACCAGCAGGGGGCGCCGCUCGGUC